CCUCCCGAAUCUUCCUUUCCUCUUGAGCCUUCUUGACAACACAACAUCUCAAGAUAGGAGGUACACGCAACACCAUCAGCAGUGUUUGGUCGUUGCAUAGCUGUUCAGCUGCAGUCGUUCCUUUGAUUGCGAACUACGCGUGUUCCCACUCUCAUUCAAGUAAUUUGCUCAGCCUCGAGCCUUGUCACGCCUGUUCAACUUCGAAAUUUUGAAACUCCCAAAUCAAUCAAUCUCUACAAUGGCGGAACCAGCUGUAGCUAGCCCAGCAACAGCCAUCUCUCUGGAGUUCAGAGACAUGGAUGAGUUUGUGGCUGAACAGGAGGCCAUUGACAAUCAAAUUGGGCAUCAAAUUGCCAAAGCCAAUCCUCCCGCUCGAGUCAACAACCACGGCAUGCAGGACCCUCUCGUUUUAACCGUUGAGAAUGAUGCUAUUCGUGAUAUUGGAGUUGGGAAUUGGAUUGGAAAGCUUAUCGAGUACCGUCAAGCCAACCCAGUUGAGGCUGCUGAUGGUGGUAUCCAGUACACGGAGAUCACCCUGCCUGGAAGGAUCAGUCCUCGCUUCUCCUGCACCGUCAAGAUCUCCGAAAGCGAUGAAGUCUUCGGAUGCAGUGGUAACUACGGUUUUGGUCCGAUCGUGGCCUCCUUCAGCAUCAAGAAGGUUGCGAAGCAAUUCGCUGCCAAGCGCGCCAUCGAUUUCCUCAUUAAGAACAAACACAUGCCCAAUGACGGGUCCGUCAAGUUCCCUAAGCCUCCAUCACCACCUCAAGGAGCAAAAACCAACACAGUCCCAGCUGGUGAACUUGCCUACAUCACCCAAGUCCCACUUCUCUGUCGCCGCCUGGGCUUUAACACUCCUACCUACAAGAUCACCUCGGUGAUCCCCAAUGCCCCUGUUUGCGACGGCUAUGCUGACUUUGGUAACGACCUACGUGUUGAUGGACCGGUUGGAAAGGUUACGAAUGUGUUUGGAAAGAAGAAUGCCAAAGAGGCUAUUGCAAGAAUUGUGGUCUCGUUCUUGAAGGAUGUUGAGCGCCAGAGAAUGGGUGAGCAAGCUACUGAUGAUAGCGAGGAGGGGGAGAAGAAGGAGAAGGCUGAUGAUGAUGAUGAUGAUAAGAAGCGUAAGAGAUCAUCUCCUGAUGUUUCAGAGACCAGCAACAAGGCACCGAAGAUCCAAGAUAUCUGUAUUCAUGAUGCAUGAUUCGACAAGAUUAUGAGAGCUUAUGAACUGUUACGAAGGAUAUGAAGUUAGGAAAUGAAAGCUGCUCGUACAUUUGUAUAAUUGAUAGACCUUGGAAAUUCUUAAUAACCAUGUGAUACUCUAGGAAUACCCCAAGAACAGUGUAGCUUUUUAUGUUAGAACUAGAUUUCAUUGUUGAAAUGAAAUCAGCUCUGAACCUCAACAUUGUCAUCUCCUGUUUGUGUCGUGAGAAAGCGACAACCACCUUGCCUAUCACACACACAGAAAUGUGACGGUUCGUUCGGUGCUAGAGUCAAACACUUGAGAGAGGCUGGUAUUUACGGUGGAUGUGGGCAUCGUUUAGAGUGCUGUCGUGAGGAAUUGGAGGAAACUGAAGUAUUGCAACUGCAAUGGCUAAAGGGGCCUACGUAAAUGAACAGAAAUGCGACAUUUCACAAUAUCAUACACGUUGCCACAGCUCUGAUUAACUUCAGUACGAAGCGAGCAAAUGAGGUUUCAAAAUACCUUCCAGGACUGUGGCGCAAACCACGCAUAUCUCAUUCCUGGAACGAGUCUCAAUAGUCAGCUAGGCACGAGCACAUAUCUUGUCUCC